GGAUUUUGGAAUAUUUAAGGAAUUGUCGGAGAGUUGGGGCGAAGAAGGAAAUUUGCAAAUUGAAAUCCCUAGCCCUAAGGUUGUUGAAUAUUGGGGAUCUGGAUGGCGGCGGCGAUGAGGCUUUGCGUGCGGCGGGGUGUGGCGACGAUGGGUGGAAUGAAGAGAGAAGGAGCGACUUGGAGUAGCAGGUUUUCAGAAAUAAUGCGGAGAAACUCUACCACUUUGGCACCACUAGUUCUGGAGAAGCAGGGCUUCCAAAAGGAAACGGCUUCUCGUGGUGGCUUGGGCUCCAUAACAGAAGAACAGAAGCGAAGGGUUCUUCAGGCGGUUUGGGCUUCAGAUUUAAAACGGAGGAACAGGAAGAAGUUUGUGGAGAGGCAUGAGUGGUGGAUGGUGCUUAAGGUGGAAGGCAGACGCUAUCGAUUCCGUUUUCGUUCCUAUUCUCGUGAAAUGUCGGAGGCAAGCGAGGUAACUUUACCAUUCAUUCCCUGUGAGUCGUUCGAGGUCUCCGACGACUCUGAUCACUCAAAGUGGCUACCUCUGGAUGUGCCUCCAUUUGAUCCCCUCAUCAGCGCUGGUUACCUACCUGAAAUUAAGUUCAGGCAUCUAGUAGCUGGCCCCUAUAUCCUUCUUUGGAUUCGAGACAGUGGCCGAGCACUUGCCCGGUUGGACGUCACCCGGCCCGAACAAGGAUGGACACAGUUAAACGUUUUAGCUGCAGAGUGUUUAAUGGAUGUAGCGGAUAAUACUGUAAUGUUGCUAAUCAACUUGCAACAACAUGGCCAUGGUGGUUUCCUAAUCUUCUCCUGUAACAGGCCUGACAGGAGAUGUUAUAGGAGAGGAUAUAGAGCUAGGGAAAAGGUUGACAACAGUAUAGAAGUUCUCCUCAUGUCACAGGAAUGUGAUUCUAUGAAACAUAUGCAACCUCUGCCCCUGCCACCAUUGCCUUAUGAUUUUGGAAGGAUAGUUGGUUGGAGUUUUCUCCAUCGAGAAGGUCAAAUGGUCGAACUUGCUCUCAGUGGCUCUGGAAUCGACCACUGGAAUUGUCCCCCCUUGCUUUUUCUCAUAACAUUUCAAUAUGGAAUAUUUACCACCGAGGAGAGCGGUGCCUUGGAUGUCAAGUCCAGAGUGCUUACUACUUCUACUUACAUCCUAGAUUCCCCUGCUUCCCAUCCCCACAAGUGGCACUGGGACAAAUCAGCUGCCUCAGAUACGUGUGAAGUCCAUUUCUAAUACUACUGAGGCUGGUUCUGACGAUAUCUAGGAAGAAGCUAUGUUUUGGAAUUUCCAAGGUUGUUCGCAACGGCUAGCUCAGACUUGUUUCUAAGGCCGACCUUCCCUUCAGAUGUUUUAGGUGUUGUUUUUCUGUAAUUUUAGUGUGCUUUGUGUGCUGUAGGGGUCUCAGCAUGUUACGUCUUGGCUACGUGUCCCCUUAUAUUCAGUGAGGAAUAAGCUUCCAGUACUUUGGGAAAUGUAUCCUUUAGUGAUUAAAGUGUUUGGAGGAAUAAGCUUCCAGUUCUUUAGGUAAUGUUUAUUUGAAUUUUAUAAUAAUCUGAGGCACGAACCCCGUCUCCAUGUAUUUCUACAUGUUCCCUUAUAUUUAGUGAGGAAUAAACUUUCAGUACUGCAAUGUAUCCUUUAGUGAUUAAAGCGAAUAA